AUGGAUAGAAUGAGAGGAAAUUUAACCAAAGACUACAAAGACGCUAUCAGUUCAAUUGAAUGGAUAAAGGUGGUUGCCGUGGGAGACACACAUACCGGAAAGACCUCCUUGAUAAAAAUCAUCUGUCAAAAUACAGAGGAUAAAAUCACCGAUUACAUCCCGACUGUUGGAGUAGAUUAUGGAUUCAAAAUUCAUGAUGUCGAUGAAAGAAAAGUGCGCGUUCAUUUGUGGGACCUUUCUGGCGAUCCCGAUUACUUUGAAGUCCGGAAGGAGCUUUACACCGGAACAGAUAUUCUCCUUUUAAUAUUCGAUGUUACAAGACCCGAAACUUUUAAUCAUUUAAGCGAUUGGAUAAAUGAAGUAACCGGAUUAUUGACACCGCCUGACCAGUGUCCAACAAUGAGUGUCUUGGCCAACAAGCUGCUGGAGAACUCGAUUGAUGGCCUUCAUCAACGGGUACUUGACACCACCACAUUUCCCUUUAUAAUCAUCCAUAUCGAUCGUCCAAAUCAUUACACCAGUGAAGUGGUUUCUAAUGAUCCACUUCACCUUCGUGAUAAUACUAUGUUGGUCUUCGUAGCUGAUCCAUUGGUCGUUUUGAACGAGGUAAGAGACUUUCUGUUCUUCGAGGAAGAAGCUUUUACUCCCGUUCCUUAA